AUGUCGCAAGAUCCAUUACAGAAACCCUCUACCAGCCUGAAACGGAGGGCUUCAUUGACUUUCGAGGGUAUGGAGGACGACAGCAGGAAGAGAGUGAAGGAAAGCGCGCCAUUCGAUGAAGGCAUUUCUCCCGAGAAAGAACAGCCCGUCAUUAUAUCUGGCCAGGCUCUUGCAGAUGACCUCGAGCAGGAGCUCCAGUGCGGGUGUUGCUCCGCACUCUUGUAUAGACCCGUAAUCGUGAGCCCAUGUCAGCAUUAUUUCUGUGGGAGUUGCUGCGCGUUGUGGGUUCGGAACGGUGGGACGAAUUGUCCAGCAUGCAGAGGUGCAUCGACAACUGUAUCUCCAUCUCGUCCGCUCCAAGUUAUGGUCGACGUUCUCUUACGCGCCGAUCCAUCGCGAGGUCGAUCCCAGAGCGAAAAGCAACAAGCAGACGAAAUCUAUCGGCCUGGUCAAUCGUUCAGGAUCCCGUCUCCUCGAGAAGUAUCACCUGAGCCGACUAUUCCUCAAACUGUCGAAUUUGCGCGUCCAUGUCCCCACUGUCUGCCCGGAAAUCGAUACGGCUGGAGAUGCAGUCAGCCAAUCCCUGAUCCCGCUACGGAUCCCGACAACGCAUGGCACGUCGAUGACGGCUCUCCUCCCGGUCACGGAUACUGUGGCAAUUGCGAGAAUCUCUUGGCUCUGCGAGCACCAACGACCACUAAAUGUGACAUGUGCCAAGUGUCAUUUUGCGGCAUCGGCGUUCAAGGACGGUGUAUUGCAGCUUCGCUGAUGUCCCAACAUCCGCAUGGGAUGUCAGACAUCGGAGACCUCAUCCAGUCUGCCGAAGUAUACGAAUGUUUUGACGGGAAUACCGUCGAGGUAGACAUUAUGCUGGACUACCUGACAGCUAACCGUAUUACGCCAAGGUAUAUUUAUCGCGAGAUAAUCGAGCAUAUCCAGUCGCAACCUCGCAAAUUCGUGCCAUUGAUCGAACUGGACCUCUUCGCCGACGUCCAUAGUGUUGCGGCCGGUAUAGACCCCGGCGCUGACGGUCCGCGCGAGCGGAUCUGCAGGCUAUGUGCGACGGAGGUUCUACUCUGGGGACUCAAGGACUGGUGGAUUCGUGAGCGGAAGAAAGGGUUCCUUGAUGAGAGCGUAACAAUUAGGAAGGAUUGUCCCGAUGGCAGUAGCUGUCAUCAUCAGGGUGAACACGCACAUGCGAAAGAGUUUAACCACAUCAUCCAUCCACCAGAGCCACAACCGCAAGAUGUUGCCCAUGAUCACCCCGAGCGACGAGACCCUGUAUCAAUACCGACGCAACCUGAUCAUGUCGCUCACACACAACCUGAACAGCCCCCACAGACUCAGCCCGAUACCUCGUCGCAUCUUUCGAUGGGUAACUCCGAGGCGGAUGUCGCAGCUGUGCUGUUGGGAAUCGAUGCUGCGCCCCCGCCCGCAUCAGAUGACGGCUUCGAGCAUCUACAAGGCUAUCCGGACCCCGUUGAACCGCUCUUCUGAGAACAAGAGGACGUGGAUUGCAUCACCAUCUCUCGUUGAUUGCCAUUGCAUAUGGCUGAUAUCAUUCAUCAUCUGUAUACGCCCUCAUGACACGUUAUGUACGAAUUUUCCUUCUUCAUCAAUCGACUUGUCUCGGAUAUGCCUUCCAUGUUUUGACGUU